AUCCUCAACUCGAACGCGAUGGAUGUCAUUUUCUGAAUCGCGCGUGAAGUACAUAUCAAAGCUACAAUAAUUUAGAAACUAUACGUGAAAUCUGACACUUUGGUUUUUCUCAACAACUGUUAUCAUUUUAUGCGUUAAAAUGAUUAAGUUAUUUGCUUUUGGCAUCUUGCAAGCUAUGAUGCUUGUUGCAGUCGCUCAAUUUCAAGGACAAUCGAAUUGUGCGUCACUUUAUGGUGUAUCCGGUCAGUGCAUCGGAUUACGCCAAUGUCCACAAAUACUGAAUAUUCUUCAAACACGACCCCUUACACCACAAACAAUAAAUAUAUUAAGACAAAUACAGUGCGGUUUUGAUGGUCCUGAUCCUCGAGUAUGUUGCCCUAUACAAAACGGAAAUAUCAAUACACCAACUCGGAGCAAUGAAUCUCGUAUUGAAGAUAACACCAGAACAAAUUCGAAUUCUGAGCAACAAAAUACCAACAAUCAAAAUCUACAAUACGAUAUUUUUAACAAUCCUUUGCUUCCUACUGAAUGCGGGAAAGAUUUAACUCAAAGGAUCGUUGGUGGAGAACGCGCAGGACUCGACGAAUAUCCAUGGAUGACACUCUUGGAAUAUCUUACAUUAAAUGGAAUAUAUACUGCUUGUGGUGGAGUCCUCAUAAGUCAGCGUUAUGUUCUAACGGCAGCUCACUGUGUCAAAGGCAAAGAUAUACCAAGUACAUGGCGACUGCAAAGUGUCCGUUUAGGCGAAUAUAAUACUGAUACCAAUCCUGAUUGCGUUAAGGACGAUGAAAACAGCGAAAUUUGCGCGGACGAAACCGUGUCGGUUGAAAUCGAAGAACAAAUUGCUCAUGAGAAUUACCGGCCACGAUCAAGAGAUCAGAAAUAUGAUAUCGCUCUGCUAAGAUUGUCCCGUGAUGUUACGUUUACCAAUUACAUAAAACCUAUUUGUCUGCCACCAAAUGCUUCUCUCGGACAAAGACUAUCUGUUGCCGGCUGGGGAAAGACAGAGAACGGCUCAUCGUCGAACAUAAAACUAAAACUUACGUUGCCUAUAGUCGACAAAGUACAAUGCCAGAUGACUUAUGGAAACGUAGGAGUGGCAUUGGGUUACGGGCAGAUUUGUGCCGGUGGACAAAAGGGUAAAGAUUCGUGUAGAGGAGAUUCUGGUGGGUCUUUAAUGGCUGUAGAACGAGAUCGCAGUGGUAGCGCUAGAUGGGCAGCUGUUGGUGUUGUUUCCUUUGGACCAUCACCUUGCGGCAUGCCUGGAUGGCCUGGCGUUUAUACUAGAGUAACUGAUUUUGUACCCUGGAUACAGCAAAAUGAGACCUUGAUAUUUAUAUUGAAAUUAUUCGUCCAAUCUACAUCUAAUCUUUAUACCUUUAAAAAAUAUAAAUCUUCAAACUUGUUUCAAGAAAAAGAAAAAGAUAGCUUUGACGAUAGCUUUGAUGAUAGUUUCGAAAUCAACAUGAUUAAUCAUUUACUUUUAGUCGGAAUUUUGGUUUUAUGCGGAGUCAGUGCGCGAGAUAUAUGUACCACGCCACAGAAUAAAACUGGUGUUUGCAUCAAUAUACACAGUUGUCAACCAAUUGUAGAGAUUCUAAAACAAGAAAAACCAUUGCCAAAGGGUACUUAUGAUUAUUUGAUCAGUUUACAAUGCGGAUUUGAGAAUAAAGAUCCCAAAGUGUGUUGCGAACAGCGUUCGUUAUUAAUUGAAUCCACAACCACAACGACAACCACAACCACAACAGAAAAUCCGUUGUUUAUUCCCGAUCCCCCAGACGUCACGAAUCAUCCGAAUUUACCAUUACUGGAUCAUAAUUUGUGCGGCCCAAUAUCGCAAGAAAAGAUUUUUGGUGGCAACAAAACACGCAUAUUUGAUUUUCCAUGGAUGGCAUUGAUCGCCUACAAUACUGGGAAACAAAUCCCAGAAUUCAAAUGCGGAGGAUCGUUAAUCAAUAAACGAUAUGUACUCACCGCUGCUCAUUGUAUUACAACGCUACCGAAUGAUUUUACAUUAAUCGGAGUACGACUAGGAGAACAUAAUUUGAAUACCGAGCGCGACUGUGACAAAGACGAAGAUGGUAUCGAAAUCGUUUGCGCUGAAAGAUAUCAAGAUAUCGGUAUAGAAAGUAUGCACUUUCACCCACGAUAUACAAGAGCGAGAUUACAAAAUGACAUUGGUUUGCUGCGACUGGAUCAGGACGCUGAUUUUAGACCACAAAAUGUGCGGCCUAUUUGUAUGCCAAUCGGAUCAGCUGCAACUUUGACUAGAAAAAAAGUAAUAGUAACGGGUUGGGGCGCAACUGAACGUGGACCACAGAGUCCGGACUUGCUGCAAGUUCAGUUACAACUAAUAGCCACAAAUAAAUGUGCAGAAAUGUAUGAAAGACAGGCGCGAAUUUGGCACAAGCAAAUGUGCGCAGGCGGUAAAAACGGUACGGAUUCUUGUUCGGGAGAUAGCGGUGGACCACUUCAGGCUCCAGGAAAUUAUAACCAUAAUUUAAAAUUCAUUCAAUAUGGAGUUGUCAGUUUUGGACCUCGCAUGUGUGGUACGACAGGAAUACCUGGAGUUUAUACAAAGAUUGUGUAUUACCUAGAUUGGAUUUUAGAUACUAUCAGGGCAUAAAAUAUGCACACAUAAUAUUGAAACUGUUGUUAAUAUUUUUAAAAUUAAGAAUUUAUAGACUUUUUAAACAUCGAAUAAAAAUUAAUCUGGUAUUGUUAA